GGCUCGCCUCGCCGUCGCCAUGGCGCGCUCCGAGGAGGUGCAUCGCCUCACCGAGACCGUCUACAAGACAAUCAUGGAACAGUUCAAUCCCAGCCUCAGGAACUUCAUUUCCAUGGGGAAGAACUAUGAAAAAGCCUUGGCAAGUGUAACGUAUGCUGCAAAAGGCUAUUUUGAUGCUCUGGUUAAAAUGGGGGAGUUGGCCAGUGAAAGCCAAGGAUCUAAAGAACUGGGGGAUGUUCUCUUCCAAAUGGCAGAAGUUCACAGACAGAUUCAAAAUCAGUUGGAAGAGAUGCUGAAGUCUUUUCACAAUGAGCUACUGACACAACUGGAGCAGAAAGUAGAACUGGAUUCCAGGUAUCUAAGUGCUGCACUGAAGAAAUACCAGACUGAGCAAAGGAGCAAAGGGGACGCGCUAGAGAAGUGCCAGGCAGAGCUGAAAAAACUUCGAAAGAAGAGCCAAGGGAGCAAAAACCCUCAGAAGUAUUCGGAUAAGGAGCUGCAGUACAUUGAUGCUAUCAGCAACAAACAAGGUGAGCUAGAAAACCAUGUCUCUGAUGGCUAUAAGACAGCGCUCACAGAGGAGAGAAGACGGUUCUGCUUCCUGGUAGAGAAGCAGUGUGCUGUGGCUAAGAACACCAUCUCCUACCAUGCCAAGGGGAAAGAGAUCUUGACACAGAAGCUCCCGAUCUGGCAGCAAUCUUGCUCAGACCCCAACAAGAUCCCAGACCGGGCUAUCCAGCUGAUGCAGCAGAUGGCCGCCAGCAGCAAUGGCACGAUCAUCCCCAGCUCCCUGUCUACGUCUAAAUCCAAUCUAAUCAUCUCAGACCCUAUCCCCGGGGCCAAGCCGCUCCCUGUCCCACCAGAGCUGGCGCCCUUUGUAGGGCGCAUGUCGGCACAAGAGACCAUUCCUGUGAUGAAUGGAGUGUCGGGCCCGGAGGUCGAAGACUACAGCCGCUGGUCUGAGAUGAAGCCAGCCCAGCCAAAAUCCCUAUCUCCUCCCCAGCAUCAGAAGCAACUGAGUGACUCGUACUCCAACACACUUCCUGUGCGCAAGAGCAUCGCACCAAAAAGCAGUUACGCAACCACUGAAAACAAGACCUUGCCACGCUCCAGUUCCAUGGCUGCCGGGCUUGAGAGGAACGGCAGGACAAGAGUACAGGCCAUUUUCUCUCAUGCUGCUGGUGAUAACACCACCCUCCUGAGCUUCAAGGAAGGAGACCUCAUCACGCUCCUGGUGCCGGAAGCCCGAGAUGGAUGGCACUAUGGGGAGAGUGAGAAAACAAAAAUGAGAGGCUGGUUCCCUUUCUCCUACACACGGGUUCUUGAUAGCAAUGGAAGCGACAGGUUGCAUACAAGCUUGCAACAAGGGAAAAGCAGCAGCACAGGCAACCUGCUGGAUAAGGAUGACAUCGCCAUCCCGCCACCAGACUACGGCAUGUCCUCAUCACGGGUCUUCCCACCACAACCUGUCAGCACUUUCAAACAGAGACCAUACAGUGUGGCAGUGCCUGCUUUCUCCCAGGGCCUUGAGGACUAUGGGACGAGACCUGGAAGCAGAAAUCCUUUUGCCAACAUCCAGCUGAAACCAACAGUGACCAACGACAGGUCAGCUCCCUUCAUCAGCUGAUCCCUGGGAUUGCUGGAGCCAGCAAGCACCUCUCGCCUGCAUUGCUGUAUCUGACCCACUGUAGCCUCCUUGUCCGCAAGUCUGUCUUUCCAGAACUUUGUUUAGGCUGUUUGUUUAAACCUGCUACUGCUGCUUGGAAGCCAAGGGCUAAAGCUGGUGUUUUGAUGGUUUCUUCUGUAAAACCCGUGUAGUCAGCACAGUGACAGAGGGUGAGGGGGUUAAACUCUUCGUUCACUCUGGUCAUGGCAGGUGUGGAGGUAAAACAGCACUCACGGCCCUGGUCCCAGCCUGUACUCUCCAGCCCUGUUCAGCUCUCCCAGCGCAGAAGGGUCAGCAUUAGCGGGGGAGAUGCUGACCCCACAGCCUGCUGCUGUUCUAAGAGUGGGGAAACAGCAGCACUCGCUCUAGCCCCAGCCUCUCGCUCCUGUCUCCUACGCAGAGCAAGAUACAGGCCGAGGAGGUGUAACCCUCUGAAAGGAUGUCAGCAGGGCACGUGGGACUGAGGCUGCCGGCUGAGCCCACAGACUCAUGGUGGUGUGGAUGGGGCAGGUCAGGCCUACCCAGCUUCUGCUAGCAGGAGCCCUAUUAACACCCGUCUGCGGAGCUGGUCUGGCAGGCUAAGGCCUCCAUGCAGUGUAGACCCAGCCAAGGCUUGCAGACCCCACUCUGUUUAGAGCUGCCGAGGGCAGUGAGAGGCUAAGCUUUGGUCCCUUCCCUUCUUUUGGCCUGCGGAACAGCAGAGCUGUGCAAAGCAUUUGUCCUCCUUCAAACUGCUGCUCAGGGCUGGCUAGCAUGGCUGGUGCAGACAACUAGCGUAAGGGCAGCUGCUCCCAGGCAGGCCUGCCGACAGUCAGUUCAACAGUUACUAAUGUUUUUACACCCAACCCUGGGUGCAGCAUCUAGAUUUUAUUUAGCUCAGUGAGGUAUUAUUCAGGCUUGAACAAUAGGCUGUUAGAUGCAACACCCCUUGUGCGGAGCCAACCGGUACUACUCACUCACCCUCUUACCUGUAGUUGUCUGUCGUGAAACCACAGGGAAGAGGAAACAGAGAUGGAGGAGGGUGCACCAUGCCCCCCUCCCACUAUCCUGACCACCUGUCACGUGCCAGAGACCUGCAAGACCCAAGCUGCAGGCAGCUUUCUGUGCUGAAGGGGGAAAGGUCUGUGACUUGAAUGGUUCCAGCCCAGAACCUUUCCAAGUCCCCAAGCCCCCUCCCAUGCUCGUAGCCACUUCCCUGUGUGUCACUUGGCUCUGCCUUGCAGGCCUGUGUGAGAUGAACCCUUGCAGCUCUGUAAGUUACUGACUGGCUGAGAACUCGGGACCAGAACCAGGCCCUGGAAGCUCUGGUCAGCAGCUGCUCCCACCCCAGGCGACUGGUGUGAGUGCUCAGUGUACGUUUUGGAAGAGCCCAGCUCACGCUCUUUAGUGAAAAACCUCUGCCUUAGCUGAGCUCUCCCCCUCUGCCCUUGCUUGUUACAAAGAUCUCUGGUACCCCCUCUCUGCCCUCCUCUCGGCAUGAGGCCAUCUCAGCUCCACCCCACCCAGCACCUGCACUGAGGCUUCUGCAGCAGCAAUGCCUGUUCUCAGGCCUUGUGUCCUUACUAAAGCAUGAGGAACAAGAAAGGGGAAAACAUGCUCCACAACCUGUGGGAACAGGCCCUGCAGCAGAGCUGGGUUCUUCCCUGCCUUGCUCCAUCAGGGACUAGAUCAGAAAUCGGGGCUGGAAGCCCAGAUGAUGCCCAUGGAAGGGGUGGCUGCCUUCAUGGUUUGUCUGUUUGCACUUUUUUUUUAAGGGCUAGAGUGCAGAGCUAAUGGUGCCUGCGUGUUACUGCGCUCUAGGUUUAGCCCCUAAUAAGCUUAUGCCAAGUAGCAAACGAAACCAAAUGCAGCAUCCAGUGUUUGUAUUUUUAUAUAAAGGAAAGUAUAUUUGACCCCUAUAAUCAAUGGCUGCUUGCUGCAGCUGCCAUGACAGCAUCCCCCACCCCCCGCAGGGGGAGAGCCUGAGCCCCGCAGUGGGCACCAAGCUGCAGGUACCUCAUGGGCUGCCUUGCACGGCUGUGGGUGAAGCUGGAUGCACUGUCCCACCCCAUGGGGUUAAAUCUGUCCAACUGUGUUGUCUCAAACUCUAUAAUCUGCUCUUUGUGCCUCUGUGCACUGCGACUUCCCCUGCUUUUCAGCAGAGUCAGUGAGGGCUCAGGUGGGCUCCUCUCACUGAGGUGACAUGAGGCCAUAACUCUGGUGCUCAGAGGUAUGAAAACUGUCUGGUGCCUGAGGGCUGCCGUUAACCUGGCCUAACCCCUCUGGGAGGUGGUGCUAAGGAGCAGCCUCAGCAAAGCACUGCAGCAGUUAGUGUAGACAAGCCCUGAGACUGCGCUGCUCUGAACUAGGCUCCUGGGCAGUGCCAAGUGCUAACAAAACACCCUGGAGACUACAAGGCUCAGCACAAGUGAACGGCCUCUGUUUUUGGCUGUACUAGUUCUCUCUGGGCCUGGUCCCUGCGCUCAGUCCUUGCUCACAUGGGCAUCUUCCUGCUCCAUGAGUGAAGUUCUGCUGGGCUGCAGCCCUGCUGAUGCAGUAACUGGUUCAGGUGGAGCCAGGGCCAGCUAAA